GGCGCGAAAAUGGCGGCGCUAUGGAGGAUCUUCGCUGAACGGUAAGUUUGGGCCCCAUAUUAAAUGAAGUUAAAUGUGUUCCUAUGGGGUUUUUGGAUCCGUUUAGCAAUGUUUCUGCAUAGCGAUGAUUAAUCCGGAACGGAUUAACGUCGCUAUGCAGGGCACCACUGUAGUUUUUAUCAACUUCCUUGUUGAUGAUCUCAGCCCUAGCACGGUGAUAAAAAUAUUCAGUAUAAAAUCCAACUCUUUGUUUCAUCCUUCUGGACUCCAUCUGGAGUCCUUUUUUUGUGAUGCUGGGAGGAAGAUGAGAAUUCCAGAUGAGAAUGCAGAGAAAAUCAAUACGGCCAUGUUUCAUUAACAAGGGAAUGAGGCUAUUAAGUUGUAAGUUGCUUCACUCAGCAGGUGAAAAACGACUAGAAAGUUUCAUAGAGAAAAAAUGCCAGGCUCUGCAUAUCUGAAGAUCAAAAAAUGUGAAGGAGGAAAAUGAUUUCGUUUCCCUUUCUGGCUCCUUCUGUUUUAUGUAGAGACCUUUUUCCCCUUCCAGAGGAUUUUUUUUUGUUUAUAUUUGGAAUUCACUCUUUUCUAUGCUUAUUGUUCCUCCAGCAGAUCAGAAAAGUAUUGCCAGAGGAGAACCGUAUGACGGGAAUAUUUGUGGGAAAUAUUUUGCUGAAAGGAGGGCACUUUCACUUCACAAGAGGGUCCACACCGCAAACAUAUGUUUCAAAAAUGAAGCAUCUGGAAAAGGCGAGGAUAGCAAACCACAACUCAGGAGCCACCAGAAAAUCACCAUAGGAAGAAAAAAAUACCAAUGUCAGGAAUAUGGGAAACGUUUUGCCAGGAAUUUCUUUCUUCACAUGUACCAGCGAGUCCACACAGGAGAGAAACCGUACAAGUGCCAGGAAUGCGGAAAAUGUUUUACUUCCACUUCAACUCUUCUUGCACACCAGAGUGUCCAUAUGAAAGAAAAACCAUACAAAUGCCAGGAGUGUGGAAAAUCUUUUAAUCACAAUUCGAACCUCCUGACACACCGGAGAGUCCACACAGGAGAGAAACCAUACAAAUGCCAGAAGUGUGGGAAAUCUUUUAAUCGCAAUUCAAACCUCCUGACACACCGGAGAGUCCACACAGGAGAGAAACCGUACAAAUGCCAGAAGUGUGGGAAAUCUUUUAAUCGUAAUUCAAACCUCCUGACACACCAGAGAGUCCACACUGGAGAGAAGCCAUACAAGUGCAAAGAAUGUGGGAAAUGCUUUGCCCAGAGUUCCCACCUUCUCGGACACCAAAGAGUCCACACUGGAGAGAAACCAUACAAAUGCCAAGAGUGUGAGAAGUGUUUUGCUAACAAUGCAAACCUUCUGACUCACCAGAGACUCCACAGUGGAGAGAAGCCAUACAAGUGUCAGGAUUGUGGGAAAUGUUUUUCUCAGAGUACACAACUUCUCAUACACCAGAAUGUCCACAUUGGAGCGAAAUAUAAAUGCCAGGAGUACAGGGAACAUUUUGCUCAGAAUUUACACCUUCAGGGACACAAGAGACAGGUCAUAUAAAUGCAAGACUCAGGAAGUUUUGGUUAUUAUUUCUAAGUCUGAUAUCACGUGGAAUGAGAAAAUCCACACAGGAAAGAAACCAAACAAAUGCCAGGGUUGUGGAAAAUGUUUCAAUUCCAAUUUACAUCACAGAUUGUAGACGAGGAAAGCCUACACAGGAGAAUUAUUGCAGUUGUUGUUGUUGAAGUCAUUGACAAGUUUUGACUAUUCAGUUUUAUUUCAUCUUACCCCAAUUCAUGAGAAAAUUAGCUCCACUCCACUUUCCUUUUAGUGGGUAUGACUGACUUUUACAGCAUGGAGACCCUUCCACCUGUAAAGUUGUUGUUUUGUCAAUGGAGUUUUGGAGAAAUCAAGAUGGUGGUGACCUUUUUCCACAGUCACUUCAUGCGAUAAUAAAAUUUCCACAUUUUCUUAUUUUCCUUUUUAUGUACACUGUAAAUUAUGGUAGAGGAUGGUGGAGAGCUGAUCAUAAUAAAGUAUGCCUCCUGGUUAUUCUUAAUAGUAAAGAUAUUUCUGCUUUUGUUAUUUUGGCCUGAUAUAAUCAGCAAGCAUGGUUUCAUUCAUGGAAGUUGAAUGGGUACCCCUUUAAAAGGAAAUCCUUUUGCAGAAUCCUUUUUCUAAAGAAAUCCAAUCGUCAGCUGGCCCUCCAUCUUUCCAGGUUGUACUCAAGCAGUAAUUCUUCACCCUCUGCCUCUUGGGAUGGUCCUCCUUGCCUUGAACUCUAGGGUCUCCCUACUGCACAAUCUAAUGUGAGAGGCCGUGGAGAUAGCCUUUCAACCAGUCUUGCGAGCCUAUUGGAAAAGGGAAGGAUAUCGGAACUGAAAUAACAGAAUACAAGAGCAGCCCUGUUCAAGUGGGGCAACCUGUGGCCUCUGACUGGCCCCCCAGAUUUUGCGGUCAUAGGUUCCCCACGUCUGAAAGACCUGAUCUGGCUUCUUGUUGCAUAAGCAGGCUGAUCUCAUGGUCUUGAUUUCAACUCUUGACGCCGUGCAGAGACUGAGGACUGCCUGCCUGAGGGACCGACUGCCUGGCUUUUUACGAGCCUGUUAAGAUUUUUCAGGAUAGGUCCUGUUAAAAAUACCAACAGUUUCAGAAAUGUCAUGCAGGAAAGGGCCUGCUGGUGUGUUGCUUGUAGGUCACAAAAGCCACUGCCAACUUGCCAUCUCUUUCCACCUUUGACUGUUAUUAAGAGGGGAAUAAAAUUUCAUUUGGCACAACUUUCA